UGUAAUCAUGAAGAAAUAACAACUUUCUAAGGAAACACAAAUUUAUAGGAACUUAUUUUACAGUUUUGUUCCAUACAUCACGUUGGCGAUGUUUGGCCAAGCAAUUCAGACACACUUUGUUUCCCAUUUUCGUCCCUUCCCAUUUUCAUUCUUUGUAUUGCUUCCUUUACUUCUGCUAUGGUUAUUGCUUGUUUUUCCUCAAUUUUCAGAGGUUCUUGUAUUGUAUUUCCCCUCUCUGGUCCUAUUCUUCCUGCCUUAAAUUUAUCUUCGUAAUACUUGCUCCAGGUAUCCGGUAUUUUGCUUUCCUCUGACACCAUAUUUCCGGUCUUUAUACAUCAUGCUGUUUUGCCAUAUUUUCCUUCUAGAUGUUUAACUAUCGUCCAAAACUCUUUCUUAUUGCUUGUAUUGUCUUUAAACUUUCCCUCUAUUUUUUUUUUUGCCGAAAUCUUCCCAUGGUUUAUCCUUUGACUUCUCUAAGCUACUUCUUUUGCUUUGUUCCUCCUGUUUAUGUAGCUAUGUCUUUCUGUUUCAUCACCUCACUCCGCCAUUUUGUUCUUUUAAGCCUAAUUCUCAUUUUCCCGCAUACCUCUGCAGCUGCUUUUAGUAUUGUAGUUUUGAGUUUUAUCCAUCUUUCUUCCAUCGUAUUCCUCUGGAAUUCCUUUUCUGGUGGUUUUAGUUUUCUUACAUAGAAUUUUGUAUCUGCUAUGACUAGUUUGUGCUCAGAACCUAUUUCCUCUCCUUAUAUCUAGUAUAGUAUAUUUGGUUUCUGGUUUUGUUAUUUUUAUUUAUUUUUUUAGAUUGCUGAUUUAAUUUGUUCGGAAUUAAUCGACUCAAUAACAACAUACUCAAAAAGUGUAUUGGACGUUUAUUUCCUUUGGGAUGUCAACAUCCAAAUCAAUUUUACCCAAAUCUUACAAUUAUUAACAGGAAAUUGUACGAUUUUGGGUACAAAAUUAUUUAAUAUAGCGAAUACGAUCCAUCAAAAUGAAAAUCAAAUUGAAAAAUUAAUCUCAAACGAAACUCUCACAUUAAUCACCGAGUUAUUAAUUAAAUCUCACGAUUGUUUCACAGCCGAUUGUAAUAUGGAAGGAAUUUCAAUGGUUUUAAAACAAUCACAACCGCUAAUUUCAACAUUAAUCAUCGCGAAAAAUUGGAAUUUAAUCAUAAGAUUAUUAGUCGGCAUCAAACGCUAUUCCGAAAUGAAUUACAUAUUUCCUAUUUUAAAAGAAAACGGGCAAUUUGAAUUAUUGUUGCGUAAAGGUAGUCGAAAAGAUGUCGGUUUAAAAACAGCUUUAUUAGAAUAUUUAAAACGUUAUUGUCCUGAGGAUGUUGAACUUUAUAAAAUCGUUGCGUUACAUUUCUUUUUAUUUUCCGAAAUUGCGGAUCUUUGGGAAAAUGAAAGUCAAAUAUUAAUUAAACGUUUAAUACAAAUCGCUAAAAUCGAUAUUAUUAAUAAUAAACCAGAUAAUACUAACCCAGAAAAUCUUAUUUACUUUUCUAACUGUGAAGAUACAAAAAAUAUUCUUAAAAAAAUCAUAAAAAAUUAUCAUCACGCCGCUCAAUAUCAUCUGAACGGUUCGAAAGUGUCUAAAUCAAUGAAAACGGCACAAAAAGCUAAAUUGGCUGCUUUACAACUUUCACUAUUUAAUAAUUUACCACAAAACGAAUCCUGUAUAUGUUUAUUUAAACUAACAAAAACACAAAUCAAUAAAAUUUUAUUAGAAAAGUUUAAUUUUUACCAAACGCUAAUUUUAAUUAACGCUUACGAUUAUAAAAUAGAUUGGGCUCCGAUUUUAUUCGAACAAUCUGUCGUAAAAUCUUCCCCAGAUUAUUUAAACCAAUAUUUAUCUACUUUUGAACUCUCCAAAACUUUAUUACACGAAAUUUCUCGUAAAUUUUUAUCGUACUCAAACCCCAGCGAUAAAAUGAUUGUUAAUAUGAAAAAUAUUUUAAACAAAUUUAGUUCCGUUCAUACAAAAUAUAGAAUCGCCAGCGAAUUAGGUUUUAGCGAUAUCGUUGAAAGGUUACUCGAAAGCAAUCAAUUGUGUUAUUUAAAAGAUACUGUGUGGAAAUCUGGAUAUAGAAAUACCGAAAGUUAACAUUUUAACAUUUAUUAUUAGUUAAAAAAUAAGAGAUAUUUGUGAUAAUAUAAGUAAACAUUCUGUGAUUGUUAUUUUACGGGCUUCUGCUAAUCAUUUUUAUUAUGAGUUUGUGUAAAUGUAACUAUUAAAUCAUAUUUUCAA